UGCAAGUAGCACGCAUUCCACACCCUCGUCUCCCCCAAUUACUAAAACACAAACCAAAAUAUUCCCAAUUUUUUCUCCCAACCUUCUUUCGUUACAUUCUACAUGCAUGUUUCACUGUAACCAAAUUUGUUUAGCUGCUCAAUUUCACCCCAUAUAUUUUGUAUUUUCAGCUCUAAUUUAUGAAUUUGGUCAAGAAUUGAAGCUUCAUGUCUAAGAAAAGGAAAAGAUAAAGAUAGCUCUAUAUGUUGUUGGUUUACUCAGUUAUGCUCUUCAUUUCUCUAGAAGCUUUGUUGAGUAUGAACUGAUAUAAUAUAAAAGACAAUAACAAUCAGGCUAUCAUGUCUUACAAUAAAGUAGAAGCAGUUCGAGAAAAAUCAGAUGCUGAAAAGUUGAUUCUUUCUAAUGAUUAUGUUGCUGCUAGAACAAAACUCAAGAAAGCCCAACAACUUUUUCCAGCUCUGGAUCACAUUGCCCCAAUGCUUACUGUUUGUGAGAUUCUUUCAGCCUCCACAAACAUAAUCCCAGGUUAUGAAACCGAUUACUACUGGGUUCUUCAGCUUAUGCCUUCAUCAAACCUCACAGAUAUAACUUCUCAAUAUCAGAAACUCGUGUCCUUAUUACAACCUAUAAAAUACAAAUUCCCUGCUACCGAAUUGGCCCUUAAGCUUUUACAUGAAGCAUAUUCUGUGCUUUCUGAUAAGAAGAAGCGUGUGACUUUUGAUAUAAAACGAGGUAUAAGUUGGGUAAAUUACGAAUCUUUUGAACUCAACCCGAAUGCGAUUUCCGAUAACAAUGGUGACAAAGUUCAUGUCAAUAACAUAUUACAAGAAUCUGGUUCUUCCUCUUCGGAUGUUGUUUCAGAAGGGCAUAAAGGUCAAGACAUGGAUAUUAAUUCGGUAUCAGGUACACUAAAGGGUGUUUUAAAAAGGGUCGAACAGGAUUAUUAUGGUUUUGAUAGUUUCAGGACACAUGAAUGUUUUGAAUUAAGAGAUAUUUGGGCUGUUCAUUGCUGUUUACGUGAGCCUUUCAUUGGUGGUAGAUAUGGGCAAAUUUGUAAAAAAUCAGGAGGUGAAAUUGAAGUUACAUGGUUGAAACCGAUUCCGGUUACCGAAGGUGAAAGAAGAUGGUUUGAUGCGGGUUUGCCUGUUGCUUGUGGAUCGUUUUGCUUGGAUACAGAAACAAAUGGAAUCAUCGGGUCGAAAGGGGUAUUUUCGUACAAAUGCUCAUGGGAUUCCGGAGUUACAGAGGAGUUAUUCGAGAUUUACCCGAAAAAGGGUGAAGUUUGGGCGUUAUAUCAAGAUUUUGACCUCGAAGAAUGGUCCUACAAUCCUGAUGUCAUACAAGACUGUUCUUUUAAACCAUUUGAAAUCGUAUCCAAUUAUUCGAUAUACACAGGAGUCGAGUGCUGUCCAUUGGUUAAAGUGAACGGUUUCAAAAGCAUUUUUGAACGGACCGAGGGCGAAAAUGUCAUUCUACAUGUCGGGCCACGAGACCUAUACAUGCUGGCCCACAACAUUCCAGCGUAUAGAUUUACAGGUGGCGAGAUCGAUGGGGUCCGCAACGGCAUGUUUGAGCUCGAUCAAUUAGCUCUGAGGAACUCGAGUCAAGAACCCGAGGAUUCAACUGUGGCUAAAGAGAAAGAGCCCGAGUUUGUGGACCCUACUCCUGGCCCAGAUAGCACAGUUUUGGGCCCAAAUUGGUCUGUAAAUGACUUCACAACGGGCCAGGUUUGGUCUGUGUACACCGGGAAAGACCUGAUGCCUCGCCAAUACGUUGUAAUCAAUAGCAUGAUUUCACCGACCCGGUUAUCUGCAACGGUUCUCGAACCGGAGCCCGUUCCGGACAUGGAUCCGAGCUGGAAAAACCGGAAUUUCCCGAUUGUUUGUGGUAUGUUUAGAGCGAAAGACACCGUUCUCAAUUUUGACUUAAGUCAACUCUCGCAUUCGGUUAACUGCUACAAAAGCAUGAGUGCUUCGGUUUACAAGAUCUUUCCGUUAAAGGGGGAGGUUUGGGCGGUGUUCAAAAAUUGUAAAUCGGGAUUUAAUCGACUGAAUUAUGAUAAUUAUAAAUGUUGGGUGGUUGAGGUUUUGUCUGAUUUUUCUGAAGGGGAGAAGAUGAUGGUGGCUAGAUUGGUGGAAGUCAAGGGUUGUUUGACUUUUUAUGAGCGAUUGCAAGGUGAAGAUGGGUUUGAAAUGGUUCGUGGGUUUUCAAAGAGAGAAAUGUUGUGUUUUUCGCACCGGAUUCCGGCUUUCAGGGUGCCCGGAAUUGGAGGGCAUGGGAUUCCGGAGAGUUCUUGGCAUUUAGAACCGGUGGCUUUACCACCACCAAAUACCUGAAAGUCACUAUAAGGGCCAAGGGGGUGAUUCAGAUUCUAUUUUAGGGUUCGGUAUUUAAGAUAAUUGUUGUAAGAUUAUUGCUGAAUUGACCCUUGGAUAUUUGUCAUAGGAUUUGUACAUACUGAGGACUGAGGAAAAUAACGUAAAAAGAUUGGAAGGUGUACAAAUGAGCAGUUAUUGGUUCAUUUGCUUCCAUUUUAGUUUCAA